AUGCCUCGGAUUGAAAUUAAAAUCCACGAGGAAACCGAGCCAACUGCUAUCAUGAACGAACGUUCUGAGCCCAAAAAGCGACCAAAACGUUCGCGUGAUCCCCAGAAGGAAACUGAAAAAACAUUCAAGGAUCAGAAAAACAUAACAAUAGAGCGUCUUGCAGAAUCCGACUCUUAUGAAGAAUCCCUUAAUAUAUUACGGGAAUACUUCUGUGACGAAGAGGGGCGAGUGGCGGACAAAAUCACAAAUUACGCUUUGGAGCUGUGCGAAGAUCUCUUCAGCGAUCUCGCGGAGCUAACCGAGCGCAAAUCCAAGCCAGCACCUGCAAAACGUGGACCGGGGCGACCACGGAAAAAUCCGCCACCUCCAUCAAAGCAACCAGAAUCAGAUGACACGCAACUUGAAGACGGGGAAAUCGAGCCUGCUGAGCCAACGGAAAAAAAAUCAAAACCAACGCCCUCCCAAGAUGAGCCGCCUGAUAGCACAACGGGAAAACGUUCUGUCCGAACCACGAACAAAAAGUAA